AUGCCGGUGGUAACAACUGCUCAACUAGUAAAGUUACAAUCGCACACAGAAAACAUAAGAAACAUUUGCAUUUUAGCUCACGUUGAUCAUGGAAAAACAACACUCUCUGAUUCUUUGUUGGCCUCAAACGGAAUAAUAUCUAGUAAGCUUGCGGGAAAGGUGAGGUACCUUGACAGUCGAGAGGAUGAACAAGAAAGAGGAAUAACUAUGGAAGCAAGUGGUAUUUCACUUUACUUCCAAAUUUUACGUAAAUCUAUGGAAGGAGAAGAAAUUAUAAAAAAUUCUGAUGAAUAUCUGAUAAAUCUUAUUGAUGCUCCUGGGCAUGUUGAUUUUUCAAGCGAAGUCUCAACAGCAUCUAGGCUGUGUGAUGGUGCCUUAAUUCUUGUUGAUGUGGUCGAAGAUCGACUUAUAACUGAAUUGAAAUUAACGCCAUUAGAGGCUCAGGCUCAUUUAAAUAAAAUUGUUGAGCAAGUUAAUGCAAUAGUGGGAACUUACUUUGCUGGUGAUGUGAUGGAAGAAGAAACAAAAAGACACGAGGCUGAGAAGGAAAGGUUAUUGCGUCAAGGAAAAGAAUUGGAAUCUGAGAGUUCUACUGAAAUAACAUUUGAGGAGCGUGACGAUUCUAAUAUAUAUUUUACACCUGAGUCUGGAAACGUGGUUUUUGCGAGUGCUCUCGAUGGAUGGGCGUUUAGAAUCGAACAAUUUGCCCAAAUAUACGCUACAAGACUAGGUAUUAAAGAAUCCAUACUUCGUAAGGUACUCUGGGUUGAUCAGCUUCCAUCGCCAAUUGUCGCACAACCGAUGCGAUUGCCACGAAUGCUUUCUAUAGAUGUCAAAGAGAAACCAAUAAAUGAAGUUGAACGUGGGUUAUUUAGCUGCGAUGUCAGUGACUCUGCGCCUAUCGUCGCAUAUGUAUCAAAAAUGUUUGCUGUACAUUCGGAUAUGUUGCCGGAAAACAGGAGAAAGCAGUUGUCUGCCGAAGAAUUAAGAGAAAGGGGCAGGCUUCAAAGAAUAGCACGAUUACAUUCUUCAGAUACUCAUGUUGGAGAAAAGUCAGUUUUGGAUGCACCUACAUCUGAUAUUGAUCAUAGUGAAAUUCCAAUAUCUGAAUCAUUGGAUGCUUCCUUAGAACAAUUGCAUCUUCAGUCUGACAUAGAUUCAGAAAAUGCAAUGAUCUCUCAGCAAAAUCCUUCUGAGGAAACGUUCGUAGGGUUUUCCCGCCUUUACUCUGGUACCAUUAGAGUUGGUCAAAAACUUUAUGUUCUUGGUCCUAAAUACGACCCUGCUUUUCCUGAUAAACAUUGCUCUGAGGUAACAGUUAAAAGCCUAUAUUUAAUGAUGGGGAGAGAACUGGAAUCUCUUCAGGAAGUACCAGCUGGUAAUGUUUUUGGUAUUGGCGGACUUGAAGGCCAUAUAUUGAAAAAUGGAACAUUGAGCAGUACGAAAGAAUGCAAAAAUCUCGCUGGUGUUUCAUUAGAGUCUGCGCCAAUUGUUCGAGUAGCUCUUGAACCAGCGGAUCCAUCUGAAAUUAAUAAGCUCAUUGAAGGACUUCGUUUGCUCAAUCAAGCUGACCCGUGCGUUGAAGUUCUUGUACAAGAAACCGGUGAGCAUGUUAUUUUAACUGCCGGCGAAGUACACCUUGAGAGAUGUUUGAGAGAUUUGAAAGAACGGUUUGCGAAAAUCGAAAUUCAAGUUUCUUCUCCCAUUGUGCCAUUCAGAGAAACGAUUGUUCCUGUGUCGGAGCAUCAACCUAAUAAAGAUAAUAUACAACGUGGUGUUGUGACACUCUCUACACCAAACAAAUAUUGCACAAUUAAAUUGCGUACCGUCCCACUACCUUCGAAUGUUACUGCCUUUCUUAAUCAACACGCCAUUACCAUAAAAUCUAUUAUAGAUGAACGGCAACGGUGCAAUAAAAUUGAUUUGCACGCCACAGAAGAGUAUGAAGAUGUCAUUAAAGAGAUCACUAUCAAAGGGGAAGAUAUUUUAAGCAUCGAAGAGUUUUUCAGACUUCUUCAACUUGAAUUUGACAAAGUAGCUGGCAACGAAAUUUGGAAAAACGUGGUGGAAAAUAUAUGGGCAUUUGGACCCAAACGUGUUGGACCUAACUUAUUAAUAAAUAACGUCCAUAAUUAUACUCGAAGAUCGUAUCCUACAUUAUGC